AUGCAAACGCGUUUAGACGACUUUCAGCAUGCCGAAAAAAUCGGCGAAGGCACCUACGGCAUUGUAUACAAGGCGUGUAACAAUCAGACAGGCCAAGAUGUUGCGCUCAAGAAAAUCAGGCUCGAAGGCGAAUCGGAGGGCGUGCCGUCUACUGCAAUGCGUGAAAUAUCCUUGCUGAAAAAUCUGAAACACAAGAACGUUGUGCAGCUAUUUGAUGUCAUCAUCUCGGGCAAUAAUCUGUACAUGAUAUUUGAAUACCUCAACAUGGAUCUCAAGAAACUGAUGGACAAGAAGAAGGAUGUGUUUACGCCAGAGCUAAUCAAGAGUUAUAUGUAUCAAAUAUUCGAUGCGCUUUGCUUUUGUCAUACAAGUCGCAUACUGCAUCGUGAUCUCAAGCCACAGAAUCUGCUGGUGGAUACAGCGGGCAAUAUUAAGCUGGCUGACUUUGGACUGGCGCGUGCUUUCAAUGUGCCCAUGCGCGCCUUGACGCAUGAGGUGGUUACACUUUGGUAUCGCGCGCCAGAAAUACUGCUGGGCACCAAGUACUACUCAACGGGCGUGGAUAUUUGGAGCUUGGGCUGCAUAUUUGCUGAAAUGAUUAUGCGCAAGUCGCUGUUUCCUGGCGACAGCGAAAUCGAUCAGCUCUAUCGCAUUUUUCGCACGCUAGGCACGCCGGAUGAAAACAAAUGGCCUGGCGUUACACAGCUGCCUGACUUUAAGCCCAAAUUUCCCAAAUGGGAGGUGCCCAAUGUGCCUUCCAUAAUACAAAAACAUGCAGCCAACGAACUUAUAUUGUGCAUGUUGUCCUACGAUCCUAGCCUAAGAAUAUCCGCCAAGGAUGCGCUGCAGCAUGCGUACUUUGCUGAUGUGCAGCAUGUGCCACAUGUAGCGCUGCCUGUGGAUCCAAAUGCUGGCAGCGCAGCGCGGCUAACGCAACUUGUGUGACAAUUAGUUAAUAAUAGUGCUGUAAGUGCAAGCAUAGUUAAUUUAUCUAGCGAAUUGUAUUUAUAUGUAUAUAAAACACACUAUUAUUUUAUU